AUGGCGUGUCACGUGGAAGGCGACCAGAAGGUACAAGUUGGAAGUUAUGGAGCAAUUGAGAUGAUUUUGGAUCAAAUCAAUCGAAAACAUACAGCCAACAUUUGUGAUGACGUCAUGGAAGUUGGAUGGAGUUUUCUAUGGAAUAUCACAGACGAGACACCAGUGAACUGUGAAUUGUUCCUCAAUGCGAAUGGUUUGGAUUUGUUCCAAAAGUGUUACGAAGCGUUCAAAUCGGAGAGAGAACUGGUUCGGAACAUUAAUAACAGCACGUGCGCCCAAUUGGAUGAGGAGGAACAGAAUACUCAUGUCAUUUUAAGCAAAAUUCUCUCGCCACUUCAGAAAUUGGAGGUGUUGGAUUUGUCAUAUUGGAGUAAAACCGACGAUAUGAGAUGUCUUCAGCCACUUUCAAAUACACUUACUUGCCUAAUUCUGUAUGAUGUUCCAGAUCUAUACCAUGCGAUUUCAAACAUUUGCCACAUGACUGAAAUAAGAAUUCUCGACAAAUCUCAAUCGAAUCGUGACACUGGAAUGUAUCCUCAUCCGGUGACAACACUCAACAAAAUGGUUGUAAGCCUUCCGCACAUGACUCAUCUCGACAUCUCCUCCACCAACCUCGCAACUCAACCAUCGUCUCAAGACAAUCCGGCACGCUAUCGAGAAUCAGUUCGUACCGAUAUUUGUGAAAUCUGGGAAGGACACAAUUUCGCGGAUUUCGUUGAUCCAGAGAUUCAACAAAAGCUUCUAAAAGAGGAGGAACUUCUCGAAGAAGCCGGAGAGUAUGAGUCAGAUUUGGAUAGUGACGAUGAGGAGACGAAAGAGAAGAUGUCACAAGCACUACAAAUCAGAAAGAAAGAGAAGUUGCUCACAUUGGAACACACUGUUAACAAGAGAAUCGCACGAUUGGAACAUGGGUUGGGAGAAAUGGGUGUGGAUAUUGAUACGAAGAAGAUGAAGAAUCUACAAGGACAGCCAUAG